AUGGACUUACCCAUUAUUAAUUUUACAUCACAAUCACAAAUAUCAAACGAUAAUCGAUUGAACUCAAUUGUUGAAUAUCCUUAUCUUAUUUCGCUUUAUCUAGGAAAAUCUCAUAUUGAUUAUAUGGAACAGUUUCUUAAUGAAACAAAAACACAUCUAACUCGACUAACGGAAUUAAUUGUCGAUUAUGAUCAAUUAACAGUAGUAACAGAUAAUUUUACAAGAGAUGCAACACGACUCAAUUGUGCUAACGUGAAGAAAGAACGAUUAGAAUUAUGCUUAUUUUCCUGUUGUAACGUUGUCAUGUUUUGA